AUGGAGAAAGCUACGAUCCUGUCGGCCGAGAAAGCAAUCCCCUCUAAUAUAGAUAAUGGCUCCUCUGUUCCUGAAGCUGGAACGGUAUCAGACCAGGAAGCGAUGCGACGAUUAGGAAAGCAACAGCUUUUCAAGCGCAACUUCGGUUUUGCGAGCAUCUUUGGGUUUGCGCUCAUUCUGAUGGCAACGUGGGAAGCUGUCCUUGCCACUGUCGCUUUCGGACUGGGCAAUGGUGGUCCUUCCGGUUUACUGUACACGUACAUUGGCGUGUGGAUCGGCUUCACUCUCGUUGCGGUAUCGAUGGCCGAGAUGGCAUCUAUGGCUCCAACAGCAGGAGGCCAGUACCAUUGGUGCUCUGAAUUUGGGCCUCGCAACUUCCAGAAGCAACUCUCGUACGUUGUUGGUUGGCUGGGUAUCCUAGGCUGGCAGAUUGGCGUCACGAUCGGAGCGUUUCUAUCCGGGACAAUUCUUCAAGGCUUGCUGAUCCUUAGCUACCCAUCCUACAGCCCGCAGCGAUGGCAUGGUACCCUUAUGGCGAUUCUGAUCACCUUCAUUACAGCCGGCUUCAACAUGUUCUUUGUCCAUUGGCUACCAUUCGUCGAAUGCAUCAUCUUGUUCCUGCAUUUUGCGGCCUGGUUUGCGAUGCUAGUGCCGCUAUGGGUCCUCGCACCGAAGGCUUCUAAUGCUGAAGUCUGGAACUCCUUCAUUGACUCCGGUUGGGGAAACAGUGAGCUACCCUUCCGUUAG